GCCCCAUCAUCGUUGCCCAGCAGUGCUCCAUCGGUGCUACCUAGCAGUGUUCCCUCUUAUACUCCCAGUGAAUCACCUGUAACAGAUAACCCGACAAGCUCCAGUCCCACAACUGUUGAGCCUACAACGGCUAUUCCUUCAACCAUGUUACCAACAAAGGCCCCAACGCCUGAGCCUACCAACCAGCCCACCGACCAUCCAACAAGUGCUCCAAGUAACCAUCCUACACCACAACCUUCUCAGCAACCCACCAACCCUCCAACUGAGCAACCAACUAGUCCACCGACAGAACACCCAACCAAUCCACCUACAGGAGAACCCACUCCACAACCAACGGACCAACCAAGCAAGCAACCAACGGACCAGCCUUCCAAAGAGCCCACUGACCAACCCACACCAAUUCCAACUGAGAUGCCUCAGGAGACGCGUCAUCUGAAGAACAGGAAUGACAUUUCUACAAUUCGUGGAUGUUUGCACUGUGGAAAUCCCGCAAUUCGCUGUAUCAAUCCCAAAAAGUCAGGUUUGUCACAAGGCAUCUCUGGUUUCCUUGAAUGCACCGACCUGUCUGGUCCCUGUGUUUGGGAAGGUGAAGAAAUGCCUUCUGCCAGAGAACUGACCUUGAUGUUGUUGGAUGAUGAAUAUUAUGAUGGGGUCUUUAUAGUCUUCAUGCUGGCUUCACACCAACAGAAACCAUCUGAUGAAUCCCUUGUCCAUGUUUUCUGUGAUUCUGAUCUUGCAUCCACAAAUGGCUUUUCUGAGAGAAGCAGUUUAAGUGAGAGUUUGAUCUUGGGUGGAGGGGCAGGAAACAUUGGCAACCAGCUAUUAGUUGGUCCCUUUUCAAAGAGCAACCUGCCUAUUGAAGUCUGUUUUGAGUUUACAACGAUGCAGAAUAUUGACAGGUUGCGUGUUUUGAAUGCUGAAGAUGGCCUAGAUGCGGAUGACCUUUUGGGAAGAGUUCAGAACACUGAGCUAUGCAUCAGUAUUGUGGCGUCUGAAUACAGUGUGGAUAUGCAGCCCACGUCUUCCAGUCAGGAUAGUGCAUCAGAGAUUAGUCAAGAAAAGACUACAGACACAUCUGAACAUGGCAGUGAAGGGGGCAUUGACAAAGAGGUUGAGUUUGAUGAGAGCUUGGAAAGUACAGGUGGCCUCUUAAUUCAUGCUCUUGUCAUUGUCUGCUUUGGAUUGGUGAUAUGGAUGGUUCACUGCGCAAGAAAAUGGUUCCAGUUCUGA